CACAUUUCAGCCGAAUCCCAGCCUUACCUUUUUCUAAAAAUUGCAGCGGCGCAGUGAGUGACGUGUUUUGCUAUAAUAAGCUUUGUCGCAAAUACAAACACCUCGGGAACGGAUCAUUAUUUCUUCAUGUCAAACGUCGAUGAUGAUCUGCAAGUGCAACAGUAAGUACGGGCACUCCGAGUCCUUUACGUCGCCGGUCUUCGCAUCGCACGAGUACGAACGGUAAAAGGCAAUGAGGUAGCGUUAACGAAAUAUUUGUCAUCUAAUUGAAUUCUUUUUCGCCUCUCCGCCGAAAUUUAUAUAUGUUUCUUUGCCACUAGCACGCUUCCUUGCAUUUUCGCUCGUUUCUCUUUCCAUUCGUUGAUCACCACUGCUGGUCAAUCUCUUUUUGUUUGGAGAGAUGCGGAUUUUUGCGCUGCUGUCGGUGCUUGGUAUAGCUCUGCAGGUGCCAGUGGUGACUGCUCAAGACGGCUCCAUAUCUGGUCCAACCAGCAGUUCAUCUGCUGCUGGGUACUCGUGCGACCCUAGCCAAUGUCAGUUACCCAAUUGCAAUUGUGCUAGCACGAGUCCCCCGGGUGGUCUUUCUCCCUCGGACGUACCGCAAUUCGUCGUCUUCACUGCCGACGAUGCCGUUCAGUCCUAUACUAUCGACUCUGUCAAUCAGUUCCUUGCUCAACGGAAGAAUCCGAACGGUUGCCCUAUCAAGAUGACCUACUUCACGUCUCUUAACUAUACCAACUAUACGCUUGUCACCGACUGGUACGUUGCUGGAAACGAGAUUGCUGAUCAUACGAUGACGCAUGUUGGUUCACCUCCAGCGGAUGAGAUCAACGGAAACAUUAUUGCUCUCAAUGCACUUGCUGGUAUCCCGCUCGAUGCCAUUCAAGGUUUUCGUGCUCCUUACUUGAACUAUACUGCUCAGACUUUGCAGCUCCUUGCGGACGUUGAUUUCACUUAUGAUUCUUCCUCCGCCUCCUCAAUUCCUGUCACAGACCCAGGUACCGAUGCGUACUGGCCUUACACACUUGACAAUGGUCUUGCAAAUGACUGUCUGACUGUCGAGGGUAUAUGUAAGGGCCAGCCUAAAAUUCCUGGUCUUUGGGAGAUUCCGAUGUAUGCAUUCUUUGACAACCUCGGGGUUGACGGGCCGCACCUGAUGGACCCCUGGCUGGAUACUGCCAACGGGGCCAGUUCCGUUAAUGACACUGCCACAUUUGAGUAUAUGCAAAAUACAUUCACAGCUCAUUACACUGGUAAUAGGCAACCGAUUGGUCUCUACACUCAUCCCAUUCAUCUUUCGACCACGUAUCCCGGUGUUGACCCCCCAAACAGCACGAUCCAGAUGAUAAAUGAAUAUCUGGAUUGGGCUCAGAUGCAGCAGGAUGUCUGGAUUGUUUCGAACGAGCAGCUUCUUGCUUGGGUCCGGAACCCUGUACCCGUCUCAGAACUCGAUUCCUUUGAACCUUUGAAGUGCCCGACUCCCCAAGUUGACCCGUCCCUGCAAAUCUGCAAUGGUAUUCCUCAGAACGAAGCUGGUCUCCUGGAGGAGUGUGACUUCCCCGACUUCCCUUUCUUCACUUGCUAUGGUUGCCCGCAAGUAGAGCAAGUCCCAGCGGGCCAACAGAUGAGAUACAGAUUGCCUGCCAACUGCUCAACACCUUUCUGGGAUCCCAUUGCUGGGUCGUGCCUGUGUCAGUCCUCGGCAUGCGCAUUCACGGAUAACUCGAGACCUAUUGGACCCAACGGCGCCAACUUAACUGGUGGUGGAACUGGGGGAGAUGGAUUUGAGGGUUCUGGCGGUACGCCGACGCCCACGUAUAUCAACUUUAAUAGCGCCAACCCCGUUAAGCUGUGGAGUGGCAGUCUCGUUGGCAUGAUGUGCGCUUUAGCUGUGGGCGCGUUUGGCGCUGCCACGGGAUGGGUUCUGGUUAAUGUCUGAGAUACUUGAGAACGUUGAACUUUCAAACGCUGACACUGUAUGAUACUCAUUGGACAUAGGCUUACGAUCAUUACUUUUGACAAUGCUUUAUUGACUCUCUCAUCUCCUUACUCCCAGCAAUUGGCUGCAGGUUAUCCUCGAUUAAUGAUUGAACCAUGUUGAUAGCUAGGACCAUGUGGUACUAUACUUACUCGUCGGGCUUAUCAUUUGCC